GUUCCGGCUGAAGAAGGAAGAAGUGGCUGCUGAAGAAGGUUUACUGUGACUUAGCUCUUAAUUCUAAAACCAUUGGGAGUUGUUGAUCAGUCUGUUAUUAUAUAUCGUAUUGAAGAGAAGCUUAAGUCAGGAUGUAUCUAAAAGGUAAUGUUCUGGCAGUGCUUUGUGCAGUAGUGGUGUUUUUAGUGAUGCUCGUUGCCACCAAACCUACGGAGAAAAUGAUUAGACUGGGGCCAGAAAUGGAAAGAGAAGCCUUUGUGAAAUCUAUUGAAUCCAUACUAGAACUUGUGAAAAAAAAACAAGAAGAUCUCGGAGCCAAGAUGCCUGAAGAUGUGGGGAAAGACCUGGUGGAAACUAUUCAAUACACACUAGAAAUUGUGAAAAAAGAACAAGUUUCAGACAGUGCAUCAAUAGAAAAAAACAGAUUCCAGAUACCUGAACAAGCAAGAAAACCCCUUAUGAAAUCAAUUCAGAGCACACUAGAAAAUAUUCAAAUGGUACAAGCUUGCAAUGACUUGCUGACAGCGGUGUGUACAUUUCUUGCAAGCUACUAUCCUCGUCUGUAUAAGAUGUUUUGUGUAUGUUUCAAAGUAGAAGACUGCAACUGGUCAAAAGUUUUGGACUGAAGACCGUUAAUUGUAUUGCUGGUGCGACAUAUUGAUUGAGGGAUACUGUAACUUACUAAAUAUACCAGACAAACAUAUAUCAUAUCAACUUGCCAUGAACUAAAUGCAGUUGAAAGUUUCAUUCAAGAACUUAUAACAGUAAACUAUUUUUUUUUUUUUUUUUUUUUUUGACAAAACAAACUUUUGUCUCAGAAACUGGAUUUUUUUAGUUGAGCUAAUCAGUAAUAGUAUUCACAGCUCACUGUCGAAAUUUGAGCCUUCAAAUCCAUGUGUGUUCAGAAUUAUCUGCGUUCGAAUGUUUAAAUGACAACUCGUCAAUUUAAGAUACUCUGUGAUAUAUAGAAAUGACAUAUAUAGAAGGUUAAGUAAAUUCAUAAUUUGAAGUAUUUUUGAAGGAAUUAUGUGAUUUCCGUACAUUUCUAGUAACUCUGAAGAUUAUUUACAUAUAUUUGACUAAAAUCAACCCCCAAAAUGGCGCAUCUGUCCCUUUAAAACACCAUUAAAAUAAAAUGUAACUUUGUCGUAUUAUUUAAUAAAAUGAAUAG